GGGUUGCACCAACUCAGAGACAGUUGGCCAGCUUAAAGUAACAUCCUCAAUGGGUUGAAAUUGUCAGAAACCGCAAACCCUUCUUUUGCUCAACUCCAAUCACUUUUGCCAUCCCAAUUAUAUCUCAUUCAUUUUGCAAAACACACAAAGAGAGAGAGACAGAGAGAAGAAGAAGAAAGUUUGUUCCGUUACAGCCUCACAAUUGCAACAAAGUUUCGUAUAAAAGAAGACAUAAAUUUCGCUGGUUCCUCCUUUGUCUGAGGAUCCUGGAGAGGAGGAACAACAAACAAAAAAAAACCCCAAAAAAGAAAGAGAGAGAGAAAACAAAAAAGAAUGUCUUUCACAGGAACUACUGACAAAUGCAAUGCUUGCGAUAAGACAGUCUAUGUGAUGGACAUGUUGUCCAUUGAAGGAAUGCCUUACCACAAGUCUUGCUUCAAAUGCACCCAUUGCAAAGGCACCCUUGUGAUGAGCAACUAUUCAUCCAUGGACGGAGUCUUGUACUGCAAGACUCAUUUUGAGCAACUCUUCAAGGAAUCUGGCAAUUUCAGCAAAAAUUUCCAACCAGGAAAAACUGAGAAGCCGGAGCAGAAUAAGACUCCAAGCAAGAUAUCUUCAAUCUUCUGUGGAACACAAGACAAGUGUGCUGCUUGUGAGAAAACUGUUUACCCUCUUGAAAAGGUGCAAAUGGAAGGAGAAUGCUUCCACAAGACAUGUUUCAAGUGCGCUCACGGUGGCUGCACGCUGACUCAUUCCUCGUACGCUUCCCUGGAUGGCGUUCUCUAUUGCCGGCAUCACUUUAACCAACUCUUCCUCGAGAAAGGCAACUACGCUCACGUUCUCCAAGCAGCCAACCACCGUCGCACGGCCUCAGGCAACACUCUUCCUCCGGAGACCACUGAAGAGGUAGCCGUCGAAGCCAAAGAAGAGAACGACGUUUCAGAGUCUUGAAAACAAAAAUAUCUUCCGUUGAUCAGUUUGUGAGUGAUUUGAAUUCAAUGUUGCGACCAAAGAUUUGAUUUAAUUUGUAAUGAGUUAUUGUUUCCAUAUGAAGACAUUAUUUAAUACUUUUGUUUUCGUUA